AUGGCGCCGAAUAAAGAUUGGAUGGACCUAGUAGAUGAUGAUAGACUUGAUCCAAAAUAUAAAGAAGGGGUUGAUCAGUUUUUAGACUAUGCAUAUGAGAAGCUGUUGGAUAGUUUUAAUGAAAAGGAUGAAGACUUUGAAAUUCGAUGUCCAUGUGUUAAAUGCAGCAAUGUGAAGUCUGGUAAUCGUGAGUCGGUAAAGACCCACUUGAUUGUUCAUGGAAUUAUUAAAAACUACAGAUUUUGGUGUCAUCACGGCGAAAGACAGGGUGAGUCCAUUUCGGAGUUUGAUGAAGAACAAGAAGAAAUGAUAGAAGAAAGCCAGAGUGACGAUGAAAUGCAAGAAAUGAUUGGAGAUUUAUUUCAUAAUUCAACUGGCGUUGUUGCACCUGAUGCCACGUCGAGUCAGGAUAUUCUUGAGCAGGAACCAGAUGGACAUGCAAAACAAUUCUACAGUCUUUUAGGUGACUCCGAGAAACCUUUGUAUGAAGGCUCUAAAUGUUCAAAGUUAUCUGCUUUAGUGAAACUACUUCACAUAAAGAGCCUAAAUAGGUGGAGUAAUAAAUCAUUCUCAAUGUUGCUCCAGUUUUUGAAUGAGGAGCUAUUGCCAGGGGAAUCAACACUGCCUAAUUCGUAUGACGAGGCCAAAAAAUUAAUCCGAGACCUUGGCCUAUCAUAUGAAAAAAUUGAUUCGUGUCCAUUCUCUUGCAUGCUGUUUUGGAAAAAUGAAGAAGGUCUUGAUACGUGUCAGAGAUGUGGUGCUUCUAGAUGGAAACUUGAUAAACAUGGAAAAGAGAUCAAGCGAAAGGCAAAUGGUAAAAAAAUACCACAAAAGACAUUGCGAUAUUUUCCUCUUAAGCCACGAUUGCAAAGGCUUUACAUGUCUUCGAAGACAGCUUCUGAUAUGAGAUGGCACCAUGAAAGACAAGUUGAGGACGGAGUGAUGAGGCAUCCAGCUGACUCUAAGGCUUGGAAAAACUUUAAUGAGCUACAUGAAAGCUUUGCCGAAGAGCCCCGAAAUGUUAGGCUCGGUCUUGCAAGUGAUGGUUUCCAACCUUUCACAAAUUCAAAAGUUUCUUAUAGCAUAUGGCCCGUUUUACUUGUACCAUAUAACUUACCACCAUGGAUGUGCAUGAAGCAAUCUAAUUUUAUUUUAUCUAUGCUCAUUCCUGGUCCAACUGGUCCUGGAGAUGCUAUUGACACCUACUUACAACCAUUGAUAGAAGAACUAAAGGAGUUGUGGGCCUCAGGCGUUCGAACAUAUGAUGUAUCUCUGAGACAGAAUUUCAUUUUACGUGCAGCACUAAUUUGGACCAUUAAUGAUUUUCCUGCUUAUGCAAAUUUAUCUGGAUGGAGCACUAAGGGGAAAUUAGCAUGUCCUUGUUGUAAUAAGCACACUCACUCUAUCAGGUUAAAAUAUGGAGGCAAGCAGAGCUAUAUGGGGCAUCGUCGCUAUCUUGAUGAAAAUCACAGUUGGAGAAAGGAUAAGAAAUCAUUUGAUGGCACUAGGGAGAGAGGGUAUGCAGCGCCGAAGCUGACCGGAGAUGACAUCCUUAAGCAGGUGGAAGAUCUUAUAGGGAUCACCUUGACCAAUCAUCCAGAGAAGAAAAUUAAAAUAUCACACGAAAGACGGGGAGAUAAUUGGAAUAAAAAAAGUAUUUUUUUUGAUUUGCCAUAUUGGAGAACUCUCUUAUUGCGACAUAAUUUAGAUGUCAUGCAUAUUGAGAAGAAUAUUUGUGAUAGUCUGCUGGGAACAAUCAUGAACAUUAAAGGAAAGACAAAGGAUAAUAUCAAAGCCCGUCUCGAUUUACAAGCAAUGAGUUUAAAACCGGAGUUACAUCCAAUCCAGAGAGGAGAUAAACUUGUGAUGCCAGCAGCUUGUUAUACUUUAUCCCAAGAAGAGCAAAGCAAAUUUUGUCGAUUUCUAAAGGAGUUAAAAGUUCCAGAUGGAUUUUCAUCCAAUAUUUCUCAAUGUGUAAAUCUUAAAGAGCGUAAGAUUUUGGGGUUAAAGAGUCAUGACUGUCACGUUCUUUUGCAGCGCUUGAUUCCUGUAUCGAUUCGUGGCCUUCUUCAUGCAAAAGUGUGUGAAGCAAUUAUUGAACUUUCCAUAUUCUUCACUAUAUUAUGUGCCAAGACAUUAAGGGUGGAUGAACUUAAGCAAAUUGAUGAGCAGAUUCCACUUACGUUAUGUAAGCUUGAGAAGAUUUUUCCACCUUCAAUUUUUGAUGUUAUGCUGCAUUUAGUAGUUCAUUUAGCAUCUGAAGCCAUACUUGGAGGGCCUGUUCGAUUUCGAUGGAUGUACCCAGUGGAGCGUCAGCUUUAUACUUAUAAGUCAUAUAUCAGAAAUAGGGCACGUCCAGAAGGGUCAAUUGCUGAAGGAUAUAUAGCAGAUGAAUGCAUGACUUUUUGCUCAAGAUAUCUAAAAGGCUUCGAGACAAAGUUUAAUCGCCUUGAAAGAAAUUAUGAAGAUGACAAUAGAGAAUGUAAUGAAGCACAACUAUCUAUUUUCAGACAUAGUGGGCGGGCAUUGGGUGCUGCCACCACCCGCUACCUUGAUGAACGUGAGUGGUUGCAAGCUCAUAUUUAUGUUCUAAAGAACUGUGAUGAAGUGCAACCACACAUUGAGGACUACAAUGAAUUCGUGAGAGAACCCACAAAUCACUAUGAUGAUAAAGAUUGGGAUAAGAACUUUAUCGAGUGGUUCCAAGCUCUAGUUUAUCAGAGUUAUCGAGAAGAUGAUGACUUACUUUCACUAUCUCGUGGUCCAAGUAAGAUUGUUAAAUGUUUUACUGGAUUUGUCAUAAAUGGACAUCGAUUUCAUACAGAAAGUCGAGAUAAUUGUUUGUCAACUCAAAGUAGUGGGGUUGCAGUUGUUGGUGAUGCUGGUGAUGGUGGAGAUAUAGAUUAUUAUGGUGCUUUGGUUGAAGUUGUCGAAUUAGAGUAUCCUGGUAGAAGAAAGGUUGUUCUAUUUCGUUGUAAAUGGUGGGAUGUGCACGGCAAAGGAAAAGGGACCGCUUUGAAAGAAGACAAAUAUGGAUUUAUCAGUAUUAACUGCCGACACUUGCUAAAGACGAAUGACCACUUUAUACUUGCUGGCCAAGCAUCACAAGUUUUUUAUGUUGAGGAUAUUGCCAAUGAAGGUUGGCAUGUAGUUCUUAAAGCACAACCCCGUGAUUCCUAUGAUAUGCCACCAGAUACAGAUGAUUGUGGGAUAACAGACGAUGGAGUUGAAGCUUAUUUGCAAGAUGAAUCAUUUGAUGCUCAGGCUAUUGCAUCAACAUCAUUGGAAGAUGAUUAUAUCAAUUUGAGAAGGAGUGAUAUUGAUCCAAUUAUUGUAAAUUCGGUCUCAACUUCAAAAAAGAGGAAAAAGACUCAAGCAGAGAAUUAGAACGCUUUAAUUAAAGAAUAGAACACAAAUGAUAUUGUGUUAUUGAGAUAAAAUUUAAGUUGUAUCUUCACUAUAACUAUUCCUUUUUUAGACAUAUGAUGUUCUUUUCUUCAUAUUUUGGAUGUGGCUUUGACAUUGCAGCAAGUGCUUCUA